AUGACAGCCAAUUCUAAAAAACGAACGGGUAGUUCUGACGAAAGUCUCGAAGAAGACAUAAAGCAAAGACCGAUCAAAGCUCGAAAAAACUCUUUAACUGAAUCGGCUGUGUCUUUAAGUGAACAAACACCAGUAUUGCUAUGUGAACAAAAAAAUGAAAAGAUAAACUCAAAAAAAGGACGCCGCAAACAAAAAAAGAAUAAGUUUCGAGGAACAAAUGCCCAAAAGGUCAUUACAAGAAACGUUCCUGAAGUUUUCUUCGACCCAAAUUACUGGAAAAUCAUUGAUGUCAAAGAAAUCCAAAACAUAAUCUUAUAUUUACUUUGUGGAAGUGGACACUGUCCUCCUUGGAUCAAGAUAAGGGGAAAACACGAGAUAAAAAAUGUAGUUACUCUCAUCGUCCCAGGAUUUGAUCCUGGAAUGUUUGGCAUGUCUGCUGAAUCGGCUAUUAAGAUUAAUAGACCAAUCGAAAUUUCACUACUUUUAGAAAGUGGAUUAUAUGGUGAUCAAACACGAUAUGCUCACGAAGCACUUCCAACGCUUUCUCAAGUAUUCUCACACGCAUGUGUUACACAAGCUCCUGGAGAAAACGGGAGACUACACUCUCCCUUUUUUAGUUUAAUGUCCUGCUACAUAUCUGAAGAGUAUAAGAAGUGUUUACUUGAUAGAUCGAAAGUGAAUGUUACAGAUCUUACUGAUAUGACUGAUGCCAAUCUAAUUCAAAGAAUUUUAAAAUGUCUAUUAACUCAUGAGCAAAUGAGUGAUAAUUUCUAUCCGAUUCCUACAUACGUUGCUAGAGAUGGUAAAUCAUUACCUCCUGGUUGGAUCGAGACUCAUUAUCCGGAAUAUCGAUUUCCUUAUCAAGAGCAAUAUUUGGAUGAGAAGAUUGAAUUAAAGAUUCUUGCUAUUGAUUGUGAAAUGUGUAUUACAGCAGAUGGUCCAGCCCUAACUCGUGUAUCAAUAGUUGAUGAAAAACUUAAAGCUGUUUAUGAUUCAUUUAGUGGAAUAACCGAAGAAAUAUUACGUGAUGUUACUAUUACAAUUAAAGACGUUCAAACUCAGAUUAGCGAGUUGGUCGACAAGCAUACUGUUUUGGUGGGACAUUCUCUUGAAUGUGACUUGAAAGCAUUGCAGUUUGCGCAUCCAUUUAUAAUUGACACAUCAAUUCUUUAUUCCGAUCCCCGCAAUCCAUACAAACCAAAACUGAAAAAUCUCGCAAAAAUGUGGCUUAAUAGAAAUAUUCAAUCUCAGGGACCUCGUGGGCAUGAUUCUAUUGAAGACGCUAUGACUUGUAUGGAUCUCUUAAAAAUGAAAUUAAGUCGAGGUCUGGAUUUUGAUAAAACUCAUGAACCUAUUUUCAAACGUAUAUAUCGCAUAACUGGCGGUAAGACUGCAAUCGUGGAUCGUGAAGACAAAACUAAUUUAUAUAAAGAUUGUGCUAAGACGGUUGUGACGUGUAAAACAGAUGAAGAAGUAUUGAAUGCCCUAACAGAAAUAGUAAGCAACGAGCAAAAUAUUUUACAUAACUUUGUAUUUGGACAAUUUCUUGACCUCAAAACUCUUCCUGAUGAUAUGGAUGGACGAAUUAAUCUUGUGAAAAGAUUCGAUGAAAGAAUCAAUAUGAUAUACGAUAAAAUUCCGAUCAAAACAAUGUUUAUAAUUACUAGCGGAGGAGGUGAUUCUAAGGAUUGGUUAAUGCUUAGGGACAAAAAACAAGAUCACUCUAGUGAUUGGACAGAAUAUGAUGAACAAGAGCUUCAAAAUGCUUAUCUUAAGGCUAAAGUUGGAUUUAGUUUCUUUAGGCUAAAGUGA